CAGGAAUGACGUCGCCUUCGACAAUGGGUACAAAAGUCUCUCACUGUUGAUCCAGAGCCCUACCUCCAUCCAUUCUUAAUUUUACUUUGUCAAGAAAGACUCGUGUAUGGGGCUCAUCAAAGAUGCGGUAUAAAAUCUGGUAUGCUGUCCUUGCUGGGGUUGGGGUCAAUGCCAAUACCGUGACGAAUAAUACCCAAAAUGACCAAGGCACCUUUCAGAAUCCAGGUGCUCUCAUACGGCCUCGGUUCCGAUACUGGUUGCCUGACGCGGGGGUGAACAAGACUGUUGUCCAAGAAAAUGUCAUCUCAGCAGCCUCUAUUGGUGCUGGAGGGGUGGAAUUUGUCCCCUUCUACGAUUACGGAGGAGAGCUGGCGUACGGUGGCCCUGGACCCGACUGGGUCAAGUACGGCUUCGGCACCGAGGCUUUCAACGAGAUAUUUGUGGCUGUGCUACAGGCACACAAAGAUCAUGGCCUGGCUAUGGACUUUGCCCUUGGACCCAGUCAGGGUCAAGGCGUUCCUGCCCACGCAGAUGAUGAGGGCCUCCAGUGGGACCUGGCUCCUUUCUCGACGCAGAUUCCCAGCAAUGGCUCCUUCAAUGGCCAGGUUCCCGGGUGGGGGACUGGGGAAUUGGUAGCCUUGGUCUCUGCUAAUGUCUUGUCCGCGGAGAAUAUCUCUCUGGACGCCUCAGCCGGCUUGAAUAGUCUGACAGGAGGUCAGAGCUCCUACUGGAAACUGAUGCUGCGUAACGAUAGUCUUGUCGACCACGCAGAUACUGUAUCAUCGAAUGGCCAUGUGCGGCUACAGUUUCCAUAUAACUCUACUUAUCGACUCUUCGCGUUCUAUCAGACACACACGCUGAACAGGAAUUUAAUCUUCUCCGAGCGCAAUGGGUCCUCCAUUUUUGACAACGGCUCGUACAUCGUUGAUCAUUACAGUGGUCGAGGCGCACAGACAACCACUCAGUUCUGGGAGAAUUAUAUCUUGACGCCGGAGGUCAAACAACUGUUGAGCGAGGCGGGAAAUUAUGCAUGGGAGGACAGCAUCGAAGCAACAUGCAAUAUCUCGUGGACCCCAUCUCUCCCAAGCCGCUUCCUCAAACAACAUGGCUACGACCUACGACCCUUCCUUCCCCUCGUCAUGUUUGAGAACAACAACCUGAUUAUCCAGGAAAGCUCGCCUGGAGCUUAUCAAUGUGUACUUGACACCCCCGAUCAAGGGGCGGGCUAUCUGAACGACUACCGCGAGACGCUUGGAGCAGGGUAUCGUCAAUACCUCGGCACACUCACCGCAUGGGCCGAGUCUCUUGGUUUACAAAUGUCGGCGCAGGUCUCGUACAAUCUUCCGCUUGACAUGGAGGCUAGUAUCCCCGAAGUCAACGCACCGGAAUGUGAGAGCCUCGAGUUCGGCGACAGCGUGGAUGGCUACCGUCAAUUUGUCGGUCCAGCUGUCCUGGCCGGAAAGCAAAUUGUUUCCAAUGAAAUGGGCGCAGUGAUUCUCGAAGCCUACCGAUCGCCUCUGUCGCACCUACAGUGGCAGAUUCACCGUGCAUUGGCCGCAGGUGUCAACCGGUUCGUCAUCCACGGGCAGGAUUAUACCGGCAGUUAUUAUGGCACGACUUGGCCUGGCUACACGGCGUUUGCAUACCUCUUCGCCAACCAGUUUUCAGAGAAGGACCCCGUCUGGUAUCAUGGCUUUGCCGACACGUUGGACUAUGUAGCGCGGGUCCAGUACACUCAGCAGCGGGCGCAGCUUCUGACCGACGUCGCCAUUUACAACAAGAUCUCUGCUACGAACCCCAAUUUUCCAACCAUUUAUACAUCCAGCGAUCUGGAAGAGCAAGGCUACACCUACAAUUACCUUUCCCCGCAUAAUUUGGCACUACCCCAAGCCACCGUUCAAAAAGGCCGACUAGCGCCUGCGGGCCCAGCUUACAAGGCAGUCGUGGUCCCCAGCACGGCGAAUCUGACCUAUAGUGCUUUGGAGGCUAUUCAAAACUAUGCACAACGAGGCUUGCCUGUCAUUCUCAGCGGAGGCGACCCGCACUUCUAUCCCACGGCGGCGGGGGUGCCUGUAGCAACCAUGCAAGCAGCUUUGGUGGCUCUGAAAAAGAGCCCUAACGUGUAUUCCGUACCGGCAGGUGGUGUGGCCAAGCAGCUCCUGGCGUUGCAGGUACUUCCCGAUGUCCAGGUGCGCGCGAAUGGAACCUGGUAUCCGGUCUGGCGACGAGACGACGAGACGGGCACCAACUACUGCCUGGUCUUCAAUGAUAACGGCAAUUUCACGACGGGAGUGAUCGAGGUUUCCACCACCCAGACACCGUAUCUACUCGAUGCAUGGAGCGGAUCGCAGGCGCCAUUGCUGCAGUACGAGGUGUUGGACAAUCGUACUCGUAUCCCACUUCGUCUCCAGGCUCAUGAAAUGCUUCUGCUCUCUUUUCAGCCACCGUCGGCCAAGGAUGCCCCUAGCCAGCCGCUGCACGCAACCCAAUUGCCCUCGGUGGUCAUUGGCUCGAAAAGGCAUACGGCUAAUAGCUCUGCCCUCCAACUCCAUGUCAUCGCUGGAGAGUGGGAUGCACCAGCUCGGCUGUCUAAUGGACGAAUCAUCAACCGCACCGCCGUGGCUGUGGCUCCUAGUAUUGCACUAUCGAACUGGACGCUAACCGCCGAGCACUGGGAAGCUCCUGGAAACAUCACUGGCGAAAACGCCGCGACCAUCGCCGUUAAACGAAAUACGACGCAUCACCUGCAGGAACUGAUCUCGUGGGCGAAAAUUCCAGCCCUCCAAAAUGUGUCUGGGGUAGGCUAUUACGCGACCAACUUCACCUGGCCCCUGUCGUCUGGCAAUUCCUUGGUAGCAGACGGUGUAUACCUCCGCCUCCCACCCAUCGAUCAUGCAGCGCGGGUGAUAGUCAACGGGCAGCGAGUGCCGCCGGUCAAUCCAGCAGCUCCAAUGGUGGACAUCACUGAAUUCCUCCGCCUAGGAAAGGCCAACACGCUACUGGUGGAAGUACCUGCCUUGAUGUGGAACUAUCUUCGCAGCAUUAUUGACGAAUUGACCUUCAUGGAAGUGCCGGCGGAUUUUCUGCUGGAAGUUCUGGGUGGGGUACCAGGCUUGGUGGACAAUGGGCUACUUGGGGAAGCGGCAUUGGUGCCAUACAGUGUGCUCACUGUGUAG